AUGCCUACGAUCAGCGAGGUUCUCCAGGACCUGUCGUGGGGCCCGAGGUACCCGCGGUGGCUGCGAGCGCCCACUCGUGAAGUACCAGACGGAUCAGACACCGGAGCAGCCAAGGCCCUCACUGUGGCCGAGGCCAUAUGUAUGCCCAUGCUCAUUGAAGUUGUUCGGGGCCAGCCCCUCUGGCGGCAGACGCCUCCGCCCGCCAACUUAGCCGAAUGGCUGAGCACAGACCUUCCGCCCGAGACCCCGCGUCCCCCUCCCUUCCCGCGUCCCCCUACGCGAGCCUACGCCAACGAGUUCGACCUCAACCUACACUGGGCCACGGUGUGCUCCACGUGCAAAAGGUUCCUCGAUGAGACGCUCCCAAUUCCAAAAGGAGCGACGUUAGAAGGGGAGAUCCAAGGGCAAGUUAAUGGGACCAGGGACGCCCCAGUCGGCGUGCGUGUAGCUAUUUUUUAUUACGCUCCCUCAGCAGACCCCGGCGUGCUCCCGGAGGCCUCCCCGUCAAAAAGCGCCGCCCUAAUCCAAGUAAAGAGGGAGCCCGUCUUGGAGGGGAAGAACCUCGAUGGUCUCGAAGAGGUGAUCAAUAGCGGAGAGCUUAACUGGCUCGAUCCGUGUGAUUCCAGGCACACCAACGGCGUGCCCCAAGGGCAGAGGGCAUGGUUACAGAUUUAUAACCAGUUGAUGGGAUAUAAUCUGACGGCUGGGAUCGUCGCAGGGGACAACGCGAUAUUCCUAGUGGAGAGACAAACGGAGGUGGUCGAGGACGACGUCACCGGGACGUGCAAGACGAUCGGGAAGCUUAUCGUUGAUGGACCCCUUUAUAUGUACCCGGGUGUGGGUCAAGAGAGGUUCACGCCGGCCAUGCUGUACGCCUACCUGGGAUGGGCAACCCUGGACCUUCUAUACCGCAUGCGCUUUGAGCCUCCGGAGCUGUCGCCUCUGCUUGUGCUUCAAGACUACUGGCGCGAGCGCCGUGCGAGCAACACGCUCUCUUGGCUCCGGUGUACAAGCGCCCUAGCGACAUGCUUCGCUCAGUGGCAGCUGGCGUACUGCACCUCCAUUGAGGUAGUGCUCCCAAGCGGCUUGCAGCUGCGCCGCUGCAUACGUGUGGGCCCGCCCCUCGUUAUCCCUCCUUCAAUAUCUGGCUGGAUAUCCUCUGCUGCCAGCAGGUUUGUGCAAUACGCUCCAGCAGUGCGUCUCCGAGUAGAUAGCAUGGCCGGCAAGGGUGCAUCCUGCCUGACACUGCGUGGCGUCCAUCUCGGCGUACCCUUUGUGCUCAAGUUUGACAGAAGUGGCCAGCGUAGCGUCGCCGUUGAAUGGGAGCAACUCCAGUCUCUCGAUGUGGUGCGGACAGGGAGCGCCGGCACGCUCCCCAUCCCGUUCUACUACGGCAUGUUUGACUCGAGUAUGGGCCAGUUCUCCAUUCUCUCUGACAACGGCAUCGACCUACAAUGGGGAGAGGUCGAUCUGGACAUGGUUAGACCACUCGUUGGCGCUGCAUUCCAGCAGCUUCACGAUAAUGGCAUAGAGCCUACCGACGUUGCGGAUCGCAACGUAUUGUGGGACGGCGAGCAUAUCACUAUCGUGGACUUUGUCGACCCCGCCCAGUAG